GUCACUACAACGACACAUGUGAGCAUUCUAUUAGCGUUAAUUGGAAUAUACACCAGUAUUGUUGGUGGCAAUGUAUUAUGGGAAUUUAAGUCUACGGUAUCAGCGCAGACAUUGAUGACACUCGGUGUAUGGAAAUAAUUCCCGUGUGUGGAAACGUGCUAAAAUCUAGGAAACCGGAGUGUCUUAGGGGCUCAGCAACGAGAACACUCCCUGGAGAUGCCACGUGCUCACGUCACGCGGGCUCUGUUUAGCAGAGGAUGUGGGCUUCACAACCUUGUGACGUCAGGUCGCUGGGCGAAAGGUCCCUUGAAGCAAGGCGUAUCACUAUUUUCGUCAGCUGGUCACAUCGAGGACCAGUUGAACAAGAACGGAGUGGUGGUUCCCAAAGACUUGUCCAUAGCAGACUACCUACUCCAGGAUGCUGGCAAGCACGCCAAGAACACGGCUUUGAUAGAUGGGAAGACAGAUAGAAGGAUAAGCUUCGACCGUCUCCAGGACGACAUCCACACGCUGACAUCAGCGUUCUACCAUCUUGGGCUACGUCACCGAGAUAUUGUGACCAUGUAUGCCACCAACGUCCCAGAAAUCGCCCACGUGUUUUGCAGCGUUACCGACAACGGCGCAGCGUUGUCUUUAGCUAACUCUCAGCUAACUGCCGAUGACCUGGCGUCCCAGCUGCGACAGACACGAUCCCGACUCCUGAUCACAACCCCCGACUGCGCCGACACGGCACUAGCAGCGUCCUGCCUCUCGCCGUAUACACAGGAGGUGAUCUGCAUAGGCGAGGCGCCCGGAUGUAGACCUCUGUCCAACCUGCUGCAGGACAAGCACCUGCCAUCUCACCCUCGAAUCCACAUCAACCCGGACUCCACCACGGCACUGAUUCCCUUCUCCAGCGGGACCACAGGCCUCCCAAAGGGCGUCAUGCUCAGCCAUACCAACAUCAUAUCCGACCUCAGCCAACUCAGGCAUCCCGCGUUCCUCCGUCUGUCGAGUGAGCAGGACGUGACCCUGUGUGCGCUACCCACAAUGCACAUAGCUGGGAUUGUCCUCGGGGUGUGUUUGCCUCUGGUCCAAGGAGUGCCGACGGUCGUGCUGCCCAAAUACAACCCCGUGGACUUUCUUCAGGCGGCGCAGCACUACCGGGUAACGUUUUCCCAAGUCGCACCAACAGUCAUAAGCUUCCUGGCCAAGCACCCAAUGGUGGACAAAUUCGACCUGAGCAGUUUCAAAACAGUACUGUCGGGCGCGGCGGCUCUCAGCAAAGAACUCACAACAAUCUUCAUAGAUAGGCUCAAGCUGAACGGACUCAGACAGGGCUAUGGCAUGACUGAGGCAAGCCCAGCCACCCACGCGUCUCCAGCUGGCUUCUUCAAGCACGGAUCAGUUGGAAUACCACUGCCUCUUACACACAGCAAGGUUGUUGAUCCUGUGACUGGGGCUGAUCUCGGCCCGGGGGAGGAGGGGGAGGUGUGUGUGAAGGGCCCGCAAGUAAUGAUGGGAUACCUCAACAACAGAACAUCAACCCAGGCGGCCUUCACUUCAGACGCCUGGCUCAGAACAGGAGACCUUGGUUUCUAUGACGACGAUGGUCACUAUUACAUUGUUGACCGACUGAAGGAUAUAAUCAAGUUCAAAGGCUAUCAGAUUUCGCCAUGCCAUCUUGAGAACAUCAUUUUAAGCCACCCGGACGUUGAAGACGCAGCAGUAGUGGGAAUACCAACAGCCGACGUCGGAGAAGUGCCACGAGCGUUCGUAGUUGCCAAGCCGAGCGUCACUGAAAAGGAGCUCACUGACCUUGUGGCAGAUCACGUGGCACCGUACAGGCAGAUACGGGGGGGUGUUGAGUUCAUCGACAACAUCCCCCGGAACCCCAGCGGCAAGAUACUCAGGAGGCUCCUCCGAGAAAGAAACAUGUCCAGACAGGAGCGGGAGAAAGUGUGGGGAAACUAACUGGGGGAAAGUGGGCUGGGGUUGGGAGAGAACCUGGCUGUGGAAGGUGGUGGGGCCUCGCUGGAGAGAUGGGCAAGUGUUUGUUUAUUUGUUUGAUUGUUUGUUUGUUGUUUGACGCCGCACUCCAGAUAUAUG